GGAGUUUGAAAAGUUGGAACAAAGGGCUUUCCAAAUGGGUGAACCCAAAUUUCCUCUUCCUUUUCUCCUCUUCAUCUUCGUUCUAUCUCUGAACCUCUUUCAUGGGGUGAAAUCUCAACCAGGGUUUGAGCUCGAGACAUGGAGACCGAGAAGCUCGGAAAACAAUACAAACCCCAUGCCAUGGCAAGAAGAAGAUGAAGAAGCAGAAGUGGAAAGAGAAGAUGGAGAAGAAGAAGACGUUCAAAGCAAGAAAACUUUUCGACAAACUUGUGAUUACUCUGUUGGAAAGUGGGUGUUUGACCCUUCUUAUCCUCUCUACGACGCAAGCUGCCCUUACAUUAGCGGUCGGGUGAGUUGUCGGAAAAAUGGACGGCCGGAUUCUGUGUAUGAGAAAUGGAGGUGGAAGCCACAGGGUUGUUCCAUUACUAGGUUUAAUGCGUUGGCUUUUUUGGGGAAAAUGAGGAGGAAGAGGAUAAUGUUGGUAGGUGACUCCAUCAUGAGAAACCAGUGGGAGUCAUUGGUUUGCUUGGUUGAUGCAGUAAUCCCAAAGGAGAGAAAGACGGUUUCUUACCAUGGCAUCUCCAUGGCUUUCCAUGCUUUGGACUUUGAAGCAUCUAUUGAAUUCUCAUGGGCCCCUUUGUUAGUGGAACUAAAGCUUGGAGGACCAAAUGGAAGGAUCCUUGAUUUGGAUUCAAUCGAAGGGAACGCAAAGUAUUGGAAGGGAGUUGAUAUCCUUGUCUUUGACUCUGCUCAUUGGUGGACUCACACUGGAAGUGGGAGAUCGUGGGAUUAUUACAUGGAAGGAGGAAGGCUCUUCAAAAACUUGAACCCAAUGGUGGCCUACGAGAAAGGACUGAGCACAUGGGCCAAGUGGGUUGAUCUAAACUUGGACCCUCGAAGAACCCGAGUCAUUUUUCGAAGUGUUUCUCCAAAGCAUAACAGGCAAAAUGGGCAGAAGUGUUACAACCAACAUGAGCCAGUGAGGCGCCCAAGUUACACACCACAUGUGCCACCACAACUUGUUGUGGUAAGAGGAGUGCUGAGAAGUAUGAGGUUUCCAGUGUACCUAUUGGACAUUUCUGAGAUGUCCAUGUAUAGGAAAGAUGGACACCCUUCUGUUUUUACAUGGCCCAUUAAAGAGCAACAAAGGGCGCCACUUGACCACUAUGCCUCUGAUUGCAGCCAUUGGUGCCUUCCUGGGGUCCCUGAUGCCUGGAAUGAGAUAUUGUAUGCCUCUAUAAUGUGAUCCAUCUUUGAAGAGAGAUAGAGAGAGAGGGAGGGGGAUGGUCUUUGGUGCUUUAUGUAGUGAGUGUGAUGACAUUUACUUGGUGUACUAAUGAGGAGAUGGCUAUGCCACUCAUAUUGUGUACUAAGGACACAAUGUCUAGACUUGGUUAGUAAUGCUUUGUUAAUUGAAGAACUAAACACUCCAAAUUGUGAGAAA